AUGGCCAAUCCAGAGCAAACUAUUCACUUCAUCAAAGCGAUCUUUCAAACAGAAGACGAGCCUCCUCUUCAGGCCAUCAUUGACUAUCGUCUCGAUGCAAACAUUAUAUCACAGAGAUGUCGAAGAAUCCUUUCGAGAUUUCCCUUUCACUCAUUCCCUCUCCAACCGGGACGCCAGAUCCCGGACUCCAAUGGAAUCUUGCACACCGUGAUUGAGCAGGUCGAGUUAGUGGUCAGCAAAAGUGGCGCCGCAGAUACGGAGCAAGACUGGUUCUUUGUCUCCAGCGAGGAUAGGCUAGAGCCCUCUGACUCCUACGACGUUAUAUUGGGAAGAAGGUGGAAGGAAAAGUUUGAGGAUAAGGGGUCGAACGGCUACCGUGCUGCUCCGACCAUUUAUCGAGGAGAUCGCCAUCCGAAAGACGAGCGGACAAAGCAGGAAGAAGAACGGAACCGGCGAGAGAUUGUUGCGCGGGGGCAGCAGGGUGAUGAGGAGAUGAAGAGAAAAAAUCGAGAGAGAAAUGCGCGAGAAAGAGAGAGGCUCUUGCAGGGCUCGAGAUGA